GUGAAAUCGAGAAAUCAAGCGAAGCGAGUCGUCGGGAUCGGUACUCCGGCGGAAGUUUUGAAAUGUCCGACAUAUCGGCGAGCUUCCUCGACAUGUUUCCAGAAGAUUCCAGAAACCCGCCGGAAAGUUCAUACGAUUCCAGUGAAGAAAAAGAAGAAGAGGAUCAUGACGGAGAAGUUUCUCCCACUGUUAAAGAAAACAGGGCCUUCUGGAAGUCCCAAAAUGAGCUUCUUCAGUCGAUUUUGAAAAGGACCAGUUCGAUUGAGUUAGAAAUCCGGCAAGCAACGAAGAAUGCCCUAAGGGAAAUAAAUUUCGACUCAAUCCGAUGCGAUUGCCGGAGAGCGGCGGAGGUAGCAGUCUGUCGGGAGUGCGUACAGAGAGAAAUCUGCAGUCAGCUGAGAAACGCCGGCUACAAUUGCGCCGUCUGUAAGUCCAAAUGGAAGAGCUCGCCGGAAAUUCCAUCAGGGGAGCACACUUAUUUGGAAGUGGUGGAGGAUUCGAAUUUCAGAGUCAGAGUCAUAAUCGAGCUGAAUUUCAGAGCGGAGUUCGAAAUAGCCAGAGGCAGUGAAGAAUACAAGCGAUUAGUGAGACGGUUGCCGGAGGCGUUCAUCGGAAAAGAAGAGAGGCUUCGGAAAUUAACGAAAAUUAUGUGCGACGCGGCGGAGAAGUGUAUGAAGGAAAAGAAGAUGCACUUGGGGCCGUGGAGGAAGUACAGAUACGUGCAAGCCAAGUGGUUAGGGAAAUGCGAGAGGUCGACUCCGGCGCCACUUCCGGUGGGUUUUUCCGACCGGCCGGCCAAGGCGAAGGCCUCCAAUUCUAUGCUUACUUAUGAUUUGCGGCAGAGCUUGCCGCCGGCAAUGCGCUGCUCUGCCUCUGCGGUUGAAGUGGUGUGAAAAAUGAGAGUCGGAGAUCAACUACCAAUUUUGAUCCUUUGUAUUUUUGCUGAACUUAUAUCUCGUCGGGAACACAGAGGAAAUCCAAUAAAAAUAGAAUAAUAUAAGUGGUUAUCUUAUCAUUAAUAUCAUAUUAAAAA